AUGUCAAUCACUUCUGAGAAUCGUUCUUCCCAUGGAUGUGCUGUUAUAGAUAUAGAGCGGUUUGCCAGUCUGAAGAAGCUUCUUCGAGUUACCAGCAUGGUUUUAGCCAUUGUGAAAUGGAAAACAUUUAGAGGUAUUUGUAGCAAGAUCACUUCAGGGACAUCUGUGGAAGCAGAAAGGAGUUGGGUUAAGCACGCGCAGGAAAAGUUACCAGAUGAUUGCAUGAAGAAAUUUCAAAGACUUGGGCCAUUCAUCAAUCAAGAUGGGGUUGUUUGCGUUGGACAGCGCAUGGCUGAAUGGAUCAAACAAUCAUGGAACCAGAGAGAAUUCUCUUUGCUGCCAAGAAAGGGUCAGUUUACGGAGUUAGUUGUGCGCAGUGUUCAUGAUGAAGAUCAUGCAGGAUUGGAGGUGACGUUAGCAAAAAUCAGAAGCAGAUACUGGAUUCCCGGAGUUCGAAAAAUCAUUAGACGAGUCAAGGAUAACUGUGUUGUGUGCAGAAAGCGGGAUAAAGUAACAAUACAACAACAGAUGGGUGUUUUACCUUCAUUCCGACUGAAUCCAGCACCUCCAUUUUAUAACUGUGCCGUUGAUAUGUUUGGAUCAUAUACCAUACGUGACACAGUCAAAAGACGAACACAUGGAAAGGCAUAUGGGGUAUUGUUUAAUUGCCUCAAUUGCAGGGCUGUGUACAUCGAUUUAGCGGAAGGUUACGACACAGGAAGUUUCCAUGUUGUAUUCAGGAGAUUUGUAUCACUUCGUGGCAAUCCAAAGCGAAUGAUUUCUGAUGCAGGCACACAGCUAGUAGCUGCAGGCAAGGAAUUGGAUAAGUUUGAAGUAGAAUGGAACGUCAUCAAAUCUGCGGACGCUCCAUGGGAGAAUGGUUGUAGUGAAUCCUUAAUCAAGUCUGUGAAGCGAUGUCUGCAAAUUGCUGUUGGGGAUUCAAUUUUAACGUUUUCAGAGUUGCAAACUGUGUUGUUUGAAGCUGCAAAUUUAAUAAAUGAGCGACCUAUCGGGACCAAGGUGUGUGACCCAAACGAAGGAACAUACUUAUGCCCGAAUGAUUUGCUGUUAGGGAGAUCCACAGUUCGAGUUCCUCAGAUGCAAAUAGAAGAACAUUGCAAUCCACGACUGAGAUGGAAAUUCAUUCAACAGCUGGUUGAUACCUUUUGGAAAAGAUGGAUUAGAGAUUACUUUCCCACUUUUAUUGCGAGACAGAAGUGGCAUACAAGCAGGAGAAAUCUGAAGCAGGGUGAUCUUGUGUUAGUCCAGGAUACAAAUCUAAUUCGUGGAAAGUGGAAACUUGCUCAAGUUGCCGAGGCAGAGCCUGGAACAGACGGAAAAGUACGAGACGUCACAGUGCGAUACAAGAACGUGGGACCAGGUGCAAGGUAUGACGGGUGUACUGACACUGUCAUUCGCAGAUCUGUUCAUAGACUUGUAGUUAUACUGCCAGUGGAUGAAUGUGAUUAG